GCCACAGCUCCAGCCGAUGGGCCUUAUUUAGUACAUUUCUGCCCAAGUUAAGUUGGCUGCGAUUUACCCCACUUCCUUUUCCGUGUUAGCUGUGAAAGAAAAAACAUGCCGCUAGCAAAAGAUCUUCUGCACCCUCUGCCCGCUGAGGAGAAGCGCAAGCACAAGCUGAAGCGCCUGGUCCAGCACCCUAACUCGUACUUCAUGGACGUCAAGUGCCCCGGCUGCUACAGGAUCACCACCGUCUUCAGCCACGCCCAGGGCGUUGUGGUCUGCGCUGGAUGCGCAACCAUUCUGUGCCAGCCCACUGGAGGACGCGCUAAGCUGACAGAAGGCUGCUCUUUCCGCAGGAAGCCACAAUAAAAUGGGACUCGCGAUGAACCACAAAUUAUUAAUUUUUUAAUAAAAUCUAUAAAACGUAAAGAAACCACAGAACCGAUCCGAAAGAAAGCCUGUUGUAAUUCAAUUGCUGCGGUCCUUUGGUUCAAUGUGCUUUGUGAAUUAAAGAAUUAACGAUCUUGUGGUUGGCUACGUGAAAAAAAACAGUUCUUGUCGUAUUUGUUUAUAGUUGAGUGGAUGUUGAUGAUUGCCAGCUGCGAUGGUGCUCCUUGAUCAGUUGGCUUCUUAAAUGACCAGCAACUCUUUAAAUAUAACCACUGUGGAAGGAGGAUACUCUUGCGUACGAGGAGGAUUCAUUCAAGGUUUUCGUAGUUUGUUUCCCAACCCAGUUAUGCUACAAAACUUCAGGAAUUUUUCACUAGUUAUGCUUAGACCUAACAACUAAUUGACUUCACAACAAUAAAGAAUGUUUCAUAGGCUUUGAAAAGGAA